UAUCUGUUUGUUAUCUUCUUUUUCUGGUUUGUAAUCUGAACGUGUUAAUUACCUUCGGAACUGGUUCGAUUUUUGUUCGGGUCUUCGAGGUGCUUCCGUUUCCAGGCGGUGAUGCAUACCAUUCUACCUCCAUUAUAUGCAAGCGUCAGAAGCAAUGAAAUCUUUGUCAUCGUUUCUCGCUCAGUGGACAUGGCAUCUCCAACCGAGAUCAGGAACAUGACAGCCGAAGAUGCGGAGGUCACGUCAGAGCACCGGAAACCGGAGCCAAUUCAUCGGCAGCUCUUCUCUGGAGAGGAAGAGGAUCAGAAGGCGACGGCACCACGUGCGUUCGACCUCGAUUUCCCCUUGAUGCGGCAGACAUCCAUCUACUCCCUCACGCUCGACGAGAUCCAAAACGCCGUCUGCGAGCCCGGCAAAACCUUCGGGUCCAUGAACAUGGACGAGUUCCUCACGAACAUCUGGAACGUCGAGGAGGUCCAAGCCACUGCAGCAGUGGGCAACCUUCUUCAGGAUGAUCGCGGAGUUGGUAUGGCGCAGCAGACGCAGCCACUCCGUCGGCAGGGAUCAAUCACUGUCCCUCAGCCUCUUUCGAGGAAGACGGUUGACGAGGUUUGGACGGAGAUCCAUCGAGACGCGGCGCUCCGUCCGCAGCAAGCAGAGAGGGUUCAUCCAGACAGCGACACCGAGAACUCCCCUCGCCAUCCCACCUUUGGUGAGAUGACUCUCGAGGACUUUCUCAUAAAGGCCGGCGUCGUUCGGGAAGGUUACGUCCCGCCAGGAGCCCCACCUCAGCCAGUGGCAGCAGUACCUUCUGCCCUAGUUUCGCAGCAAUACGCGAUGGCUGGGUACAAUGACCAGCAUGGGUUGGGAGCAGCGGCAGGGGGCGUGCCCAGCGCUGGGUACCCGCUAGUUGGGAAUAAUUUUGGCGGGAGGUUGGGGGACGGAUACGGCGCGUCUGGGAUAGGGUUGCCGGCGAGCCCAUUGUCUUCGGAUGGAAUGGGCGGUCAGUUCGACCAUACGGUGGGAGGAUUCAUUGGAGACGUGUUUAGGAACGGCGGCGAUUGUGGAGUAAGGAAGCGACUGGCCGACGGGAUUGCGGUGGACAAGGUGGUGGAGCGGCGGCAGAGAAGGAUGAUAAAAAACCGUGAAUCAGCCGCACGAUCUCGCGCCAGGAAACAGGCUUACACAGUGGAGCUGGAGGCGGAAUUGAACCAGUUGAAAGAAGAGAACGCCCGGCUGAGAGAAAAGCAGCGGAGAGUCAUUGCAAUAAGGAAGCAACUGUUGGUGGAGGCGAUGGCAGAACAGGCGCGGGCAAAUGUGCAGAAGUCGAUGAGGAGUACUCUGCGACGCUGCCGCAGCAGCACUUGGUGAAGAGCUGAAGGUUGUCUGUCUGAUGGACGGAAUUCAUGCGGAUGGCUAUCUAACAGGGAUAUAUAGAUCUCCACGGUUCGAUGUUUCAUGUUUGGUUUAAAUAUGUGAUCAGAUGUAUAAAUCCAUGUACGUGUGUAUCAGCAUUUAAUUUAUCAUGUUUUUUUAGGUUACUUUGUUAAUUAUGGCAUCAGCGUCAAUAAGCGCACAACAGUUA